AUGGCUGAUACUAGAGAAAUCUGCUGGCAGACUCCUGACUUGACGAUAAUCCUGACAAUUGAGGCUGACCAAAUUGUCCGGUUGAAGGAAAUAAAACCCGUCAACGAGAAAACGAUUUCGCCAAGAUCAAGCCUGUUUUCAGAGUCAUCUUUACCACUCACAGAGAUACGUCUGGCUGGAGAAGGUACUGAUGAUACAAAGAGUUCAAAGACGCUGGUCUGUGGAGCCGUCACGAAACGACUCAAAUAUCGAAGCCAUCAAGAAUCAGCCAGUGACCAGCAACAGUUCCUGGAAAUCACGUCUCAUGACGAUGUUUCAAAGCUGACUGUUACCGCGACUCUUGUAGCUUAUACAGGAACUCCAGUCUUGCGUUCUUUCGCCAAGGUCCAAAAUGAGGGAGACAAGAAUAUUAUUCUCUGUCAAGUGACUUCACUAGUUGUGGGUGGUUUGACAGGAGGUAGUCGCGAAUGGUUCCAUGACUACGUAGCCUCAAGCGCAACGAACACUUGGUUCUGA